AUGCGGCCUCUUGAUUUCCUAGUAAUUUCUCCUGCAAAGGCUACUAAGGAUGAUAAGUCUACUAAAGAUGAUAAGGCUGCUAAGGAUCCAGGCUAUGGACGCGGCUGCAGGCGCACGCGUAUUGUUAAGGGUGAGGAAGCCGAUAAGAAGAAAAAAGUAGCUCAGGCAGAUGCUGCGUUGAAGAGGAAGGAGAAGGCUGAGGCUAAGAAAGAAGCUGCUGAGGAUAAGAAAAAAGAGGCUGAAGCUAAGAAAAAGGAGGCUGCAGCUAAGAAAAAAGUGGCUGAGGCUAAGAAAAAAGCGGCUGAGUUAAAGAAGAAACAAGAGGCUGAGCUAAAGAAGAAAAACAAGGCUGGGUCAAAGUACAAAAAGGUGACUCCACCGCGUGACGGUGUAACAAGAUGCAAUGUACAACCUGAUGUAGAGGAUAGUUCAUUGGCUGAUAUAAUUGACCAAGUUGUUGCAGAACAAAACGAAUUCGCGCCGGAGUCUGAUGUCGAUAAUUCUGAAUUGGUUAGAUCUGCCAUAAUUAAGGAAUUUCCGGGAGAAAAAAUGUUCGGUUAA